AUGUCUAAGAAAACCCCUCGUUCAGAUAAGUAUCGCGAUGAAAUCGCCGAGAUCGAGGAGGGCGGUCUUCAUAGCCACGAGCAAGACGUCCGAGACCGCGGACUUGUGGGAGCGAGCACGCAUAAGAAUCGCAAGUCUCAUGGCCGUCGUUCCCCCACCACGUCGAACAAGGCCAGUGCCAGCUCUGGCUCGGCAUCGAAGAGACACAAUCCACCCAGGAAAGAACAAUCAUAUGAGCCAGAAGAAUAG